CUCUCUCCGCCGCUUGCAGCGGAUCAGAGGAUGCACCUCCUUUUUUUCUGAAAAAAAGUUGCAUUGCUACCUUCGCGUGGAAAUUGAACCCAUCAGUUUGAAUGUAGGAAAGCGCGAGGCAGCGCUCUCCUGCCUGGUGGUGGCCCCAAAGGAGCAGAGCUCAGCGGUCACCUCGUUGGGCGACGUUGCCUCUAAUCCGCCGCGGCCGUUAUUUCUCCUGUUUCCGGUAACUCCAAACGCCAGAGCAAAGUCAUGGACAACCAUCACGGCUCCUUUUUGCCUUUGAAGAUUUUUUAAGCACGUGUAGGGAGUUUCUGGAACACCGGCCACCUUUUUCCCGCCUGUUUUUUAUGGGUGUGAUUUUUCUUAUAGGAAAUUCUUCCUCCCCUUGAACUGUUUUCUGCUUCAGGGGAAAACCGGGGGAAUUUUCAACUCGCAAGCUUUUUCCAAAUUGUAUUUUGUAACCUUAAAAAUCUGAGAAUGGGCAAUGCAGCCAGCAGCAUGGAAAUGUCUCCAGCGAAGGAGAUUAAAACCCAACCUACUGCUUCUUCGCCUCUACCUCCCAAACAGCCUGCACCCCCCAAACUACCUAUGCCCAACGCUGAGGAAUUGGAAGAACGAUUCGGACUUGUUCUGAAUUCUAUGAAUCUGCCACCAGACAAAAUGAGGCUUCUGGGCCAGUAUGACAAUGAAAAGAAAUGGGAAUUAAUAUGUGACCAGGAACGAUUCCAGGUCAAAAACCCGCCAUCUGCCUAUAUCCAGAAACUGAAGAGCUAUUUAGACACAGGUGGAUUCAGUGGAAAGUUUAAGAGACGAGUUCAAGAAUCUACCCAGGUUCUUCGGGAAUUAGAGAUAUCCUUGAGGACAAACCACAUUGGUUGGGUGCAGGAGUUCCUAAAUGAAGAGAAUAGAGGUCUUGAUGUGUUGGUGGAUUAUCUCGCUUUUGCACAGUGCUCUGUCACGUUUGAUAUGGACAGCACUGACAAUGGGAGCCCUGGGUCGGACAAGGGAAAGGCCCUGGACAGAUCUGUAGAGGACCUCAGCAGAAGCAAUUGCUCUCCCACACAGGGUUCCAUCAAAACAAGGCACUUGACUGUCAGACUCAAUCCGGCACACAGCAGGAAGGCAUUACGGAACUCACGCAUUGUCAGCCAGAAGGAUGAUGUUCACGUGUGCAUUAUGUGUCUCCGUGCCAUUAUGAAUUAUCAGUCUGGAUUCAGCCUUGUGAUGAACCAUCCAGCCUGUGUAAAUGAGAUCACACUGAGCCUCAACAAUAAGAAUCCCAGAACUAAAGCUCUUGUCCUUGAGCUGUUGGCUGCUGUUUGUUUGGUCCGAGGAGGUCACGACAUUAUUCUGGCUGCCUUUGACAACUUCAAAGAGGUUUGUGGUGAGAAGAACCAUUUUGAAAAGCUGAUGGAUUAUUUCCGAAAUGAAGACAGCAACAUAGAUUUCAUGGUGGCUUGUAUGCAGUUCAUCAAUAUUGUGGUUCAUUCUGUGGAGAACAUGAACUUUCGUGCCUUCUUACAAUAUCAGUUCACACAGUUGGGACUUGAUGAGUACCUGCAGAAGCUGCGUUGUACGGAAAGUGAUAAACUGCAAGUGCAGAUCCAAGCCUACCUGGAUAAUAUCUUCGAUGUUGGUGCCUUGCUGGAGGAAACCGAGACCAAAAAUGCCAUUCUGGAACACAUAGAGGAUUUGCAAGAGGAAGUUGGUCAGCUCACUGAGAAACUCCAGGAUGCAGAAAAUGAAUCUGAGGCCAAAAUUGCUGAGCUAGAGAAACAGCUGUAUCAGUCACGCAGUGAGUUGGAGAUCCUGAAAGCAAGAACAAGUGAUGAGCCGGUACGGAAAAGUCUGGAUCAAGUCAGCAAAGUUAACAAACCAGGAAGUCCUUCUUGGUCCCCAAUGCAGCUUCCACAAGAAUCAAAAAUACCUCCGCAAUACUUUGCCUUGGAGCAAAACCUGGAAGAACUAGAAGACAGAGGUUUUAUCAGGAUUCAGCGGGGCCCUGACAGUGACAUCAUCAUUGGCAUUGAGGUCAUUCCUGUUGUUACUAUUGAAGCAUCUUCAUCAACUAGCACAGAUUAUCCCUCCCUAUCUACAUCUCCUGUCCCUACUCUUGCUCCAGAAAUACCACCUCCACCACCUCUACCUUCCAUGAAAGGCAGUGAUUCUGUGGCUUUCCAUUCUUCUCAAGAGGAGGAGCUAUCACCUAUUCCAACUCCCCUUCUGCCACCGCCACCACCACCCUUACCAGGGAUCAUUGAGCCUCCACCUGCCCCAUCACUGCCUGGGGUUGUAACUACACCUCAAGCUCUAUCAACACCUCCUCCACCACCUCCUCCACUACCAUCCCUCUUAACAUUUGGUGGCCCAGUUGGUGCUCCUCCUCCUCCUCCUCCACCACUUUCUCCCAUGAUUGAUGGAGCAACUUUGCCAGCAAGUACAAUAACUACAGCUGUCAAGAUCAAGAAGCCUAUACAGACCAAAUUCCGUAUGCCUGUCUUCAAUUGGGUUGCUUUGAAGCCUAACCAGAUCAACGGGACCAUCUUCAAUGAACUCAAUGAUGAAAAAGUCCUUCAGGAACUUGACAUGAGUGACUUUGAAGAACAAUUCAAAACCAAAGCUCAGGGUCCAAACAAAGAAUUCAGUUCCACAAAGGCAAAGACUUUGCAGAAAGCUCCCGCUAAGGUUUCACUGAUUGAAUGCAACCGGGCCAAGAACCUGGCCAUCACCCUCCGUAAAGGUGGGCUUGAUGUCGACAGCAUUUGUAAAGCCAUUCAGACAUAUGAUUUACAGACUCUCAAUCUGGAUUUUCUGGAGUUAUUGAUGCGCUUCAUCCCAACGGAAUAUGAGAUGACACUAAUCCGCAAAUAUGAAAAAGAGCAACGUCCACUGGAUGAGCUUUCAGAUGAGGACCAAUUCAUGAUCAAAUUGAGCAAAAUUCCCCGCCUAGCAGAACGCAUGAACAUCAUGACAUUCUUAGGCAGUUUUGCAGAUACUGUACAACUCCUUCUGCCACAACUAAAUUUUGUGAUUGUUGCUUCAAUGUCAGUCAAGUCAUCUACCAAACUGCGUCAGAUUUUAGAGAUUGUCCUGGCAUUUGGGAAUUAUUUGAACAGCAGCAAACGGGGAGCAGCUUAUGGAUUCCGGUUGCAGAGUCUUGAUGCGCUUCUGGACAUGAAAUCAACAGACCGGAAACAGACACUACUUCAUUAUAUAGUGCGGGUGAUCCAAGAAAAAUAUCCUGAAUUCCUGAACUUUUCCAAUGAGCUGCAUUUUCUGGACAAAGCAGGGGCAGUGUCACUGGACAGUGUGCUUCAAGAUGUGAGAAGCCUACAGCGGGGCAUGGAGCUAGCACGCAAAGAAUUCAUGCGCCAAGAUGACAAUGUCAUACUCAAGGAUUUCCUAAAGACGAACACAGAAAUGAUGGAAAAGCUUCAGACAGACAGUAAAACUGCACAGGAGGCAUAUGAGUCAACAGUGGAGUACUUUGGAGAGAAUCCCAAGACUACUCCCCCAACGAUGUUCUUCCCUAUAUUCGUGCGCUUUGUUAAAGCAUACCAGAAAGCAGAGGAAGAUAUCAAAGUGUGGAAGAAGCAACAAGCAGCUGCCAAAGAAGAGGAGUCAGUUUCCCCUAGCAAAGAGGAACAGGCAGUAUCUAAGCAAUCUCCCAGCCAUAAGACCAAGCGACAACAGAUGGACCUCAUAGCUGAGCUGAAGAAAAAGCAGAUGGUGAAAGAGCCUCUCAUUUAUGAAGAAAAAGAUGGUGCCAUUGAAGACAUUAUUUCAGGUCUGCGUAUCCAGCCAUACCGGCGGGGGGACACUGGUCGGCAGAGUGGCAAAAAACGAACCACUGGGCAGACCCUCCAGGCGACCUCCGAGAUCUCACUGUGAUAGCUUUGAAUGAGAACAAGUUAAUAAGUUUUCUUGGUUUGCUGGGUGAAGCAUGAACUCAGACCAAGAGGCCUGGACCAAAGACUUUUCAGGCCAGGAUGACUGUUCCCUCCCCUUCCCCACAUACACACUUACUUAUAACCUUUGCACAUGUAAGUCCUGCUGGCUACAUUAUCCACUGGAUCAACAAUAUUGCUUCAUCUAAUAAGCAACAAUCAUCUUGGCCACGUUUGACUGACCUACCAUGGCAGCAGUGGGGCAGGAUGGGAAGGCUCAAGUCUCUAAUACAGAGACAGUCAAUGGUGCUAGAAACCUCCAUCAACAAGCAACAUCUUCCACCUCCAAAAACCUUUGUGGCUGCUGCUGCCUCUAAAGAAGAAAGCAAUUUGAUCCAGAUCCUUUCCCCCUUCUUUCUUUUCUAUCCAGCCCUUUCUGGUUUCUUUAUCUAGGCCAUUCAUUGAAUUUUAGUUUUUCAAUUCCUCUUCUAUCUGAGAGACAAGGUGGGAGAGGAUUGUCUUGUUUUAUUUCAAGCAUCACAAAAAUUAUGUUUGUCUAAGUACUGAUGUGCUUGUAGGCUGAUUACUUCCUGGGAAAGUGUAACCUCAGGAUCAAUUAAGCCAUUAUAAUAUAGCAAAAGAGUCUAAUUAAUUAGUAAAUCCAAGUUGUUUCUGAGUGGAGCAAACACUCAGUAUACAAUAGCACCCUGUUCCAGCAUUUUUUAAUUUUUUGCAAAGGUGCUACAUUAAUUUUCAUCACUUUAGAAUCAAAACCAUAUUCAACGUUUCAGUUUUCUCAUAUGGAAUGAGUUGGCUUCAGUGGCCUGUAGCCUUUUCUUUCACACAAUUUUCUGUUCUGGCCACCUACAGUCCUUCCUUAGAAUUAUGAAUAUUAAGGCAAGUUCUUAAGAGUUGUUAAAGGAGAAAUGAGAAAAGAACAGGAAUCAUAGGGUUUUUUUGUCCAGUUUAUACAUUUCCAUACUGUCCCGGUCUGCCCCUUAUUGCGACCCCUACUUCACAUUCAACUACAUGUCAACUGUAACUGCAUGAUCACAGUUGCAUCCAAUGUAAUUAGAAACCCAUUGAAACAACGAUGCUCUUCUCCCUCUCUAACAAAUAGUUUCCCAUGAUUAUAUACCCUUCUAGAAUGUUUAAUGAAUUCAGCAUCUUUUUCUAGCACAACAAUCAGUCUAGGGAGUUAAUCUGGUCAGUUGAACAGCAUCUCAGGAUUUAGCAAAAGUUUGGCACUUUCAAAAACUACUCAUUCUGAGUGUUGAUGACAAUCACACUGGUUAUGGGAAUUGCUGUUCUUUUCCUUGCCACAUGGUAUCAUUCUUCUGUGGGCUGAAUAAUUUUUUCUUCCAGGUUGCUAGCAGUAUAUAUUACAUAUUACAUAUAUUAUCUCCCCACCUCCAAUCUUCAGAUGUAUACUCUUAAGAGCUUUACUACAAGAGACAAAAAAUACAGAGUGGAAGUGACAGUAAUUAGAUAACUCAGGAGAUCUUUAAUAAAGAUUUAAUACAUCAUUGCAAUCCAUAGUUCUAAUUCUAUACUGAGAUUUAUAACUGUUAGUUCAUCUGAAGGAUACCACAUCCUAAUCCAAAUGCACGUUUCCCCACUUGCUGGAUGUCUGGAGAAUGGGGUUAACCCAUGAAAAAUGCUGUUUUUUUUCUUUUUUUCCUUUUUUGUAGUUCCACUGCACAGGCGACAAUACAUCUUACUCCCAAAUCAAGCCAGAUUUUUAUGGACCCUAGAUUUCCCUUCAUUUGCAGAGGGAGGACAAAUUAUAGCUUCUAAAGUAUGUAGAGGGGAAGAACAACUUGUUCAUGACCCUCUUUUUGGGUGGGUGGCUAUGCAGGAGGCAUGGGUUAAUACCAUCAUUUUGUAUAAUCUGUCUCCAUCUGGAGCACUUUAUGCCUGCAGGGACACUUAUGCAAAGUUGCACUUUUGCUUUCCCUCUCAAACUCCGGCAUGCAAGCUUCACAGCAAUAACUGCCUAUUUCAGGAGAGAUUAGAUAUGCAUGGACAAAUUUGUUCAGUCUCAACUUGGAUGAAACAAAAUCCUCAACCGCCUUUAGCAAUACUAUGGCCAGGUUCCUACUGUCCAUCCCAAACUUGCUGUAGAUUAGAUAUGCUUAGAAGCCCAGUUUUAGGCUACUACUGCUUUCCCCAUAAUUUAAGAAAAACUAAAAUUAUUGCAGCAAAUGCUCAGAAUAGCACAAUUCUUUAUGCCAUGUCUGGGAGCAAGGGGAACGGUUUGAGGAGGGGUGGUUAAUAAAACAAUUGAAUGUGGAACUUAAUUGUUUUCUUAAAAUGCCUUGAAUCCUGUAGAUGAGCCGCAAUGCUCUUACAUGACUUGUUACUUUGUAUACAUUAUUUUUAUAUAUGGUGUGUGAAUUGCAUUUAAUCCAAAGCAAGUUAACAAAAUGAGAGAAUAUAAUACAUGUAUUAUAACAAUGAAAAUCAUGUUUUUAGUGUGUGGGAACUGCGCUCAAAUUCUUAAGAACGAAAUAUUCAAAAUUGCACUUGCAAAAAGUCUGUCAAAGAGGAACCAAUACAUUUACAAUAAUAUCAAGGUGUCCACAGAUACAUCCUACGAUCAUAAACUCACGGCAGCUCAGAACUCCGUUCAAGAUGUAGGAAAAGCAAAAGUGCUUAGAGACACAACCUUGGUACACUUAAAACUUACUUGCCCUACAAGUAAUCACCUUUCUUUCUGGUUCGUAAAUAAUGGCUCUUCAUAACCACAGAAGUCGUCUCAAGCUUCCUACCCUCCAAAUGAGAAAAAAAAAAACCUAUCAAAGUGAACAGUAUAGCAAGUAUCUAUUUUACCACUAACUGCAAAAACUGGCGCCUCGUGUAGUUUGCCUUUAGGAAUGUGUUUUCAACUUCCCAGUUCAGCCAAGGAAAUAGAAAUAUUUUUGUAUUGCAAGCAUAUCUGAUAGUUAUUAAUCCAUGAUAGAUUUAGAAUAAUUUCCCUCCGAACACUACAUGUUGAAUAGAUAAAUUUAUUUGAUUGCUUUCAGAAAUCAAAUAUUUGAGAGAUUAAUCUUUGCUGUGAUGUUACACCUUUGCUUAUAUAACUAGUAGACUCUAGUCUCAGACUCCUCUACUAUUGUGAUUAAAAUCUGUACAGUACUUAAAUUUUAAGGUUGGGUUUCUACCACAUUAAUCCAAAAUUCUUUGAAUGUAUAUGAACAUCCCAACAUUUUAUUUGAUUUAUAAACCCAUGUUUGUCCAAGAUUUAAGGUGACUUUCAUGGGAUCUCCAUUUUAUCACCACCACCACCCUGGGCUGGGCUGACAACAAAUGGCUGACUUAAAGAUACCACUUAAGUAUCCGUAGCAAGUAUUCAAGUGUCCAUAGAUGAACUUGGAACUUUAAUCUGUUUAAGACCAAUCAUUCACACAAUAAUUUAAAGCCCUUCCUGUUACUGCA